AUGAUAGAGAAGAAGACACAGUGUGAGAAAAAGGAAAAAAUGGAAGGUGAAGAAACUGAGAUGAAACAACAAUCCAGGUUCAAAAGGAUUUGUGUGUUCUGUGGCAGCAGCCCUGGGAACAAGAGUAGCUAUAAGGACGCUGCUAUUGAGCUUGGGAAAGAGUUGGUGUCAAGAAAUAUUGAUCUGGUUUAUGGAGGAGGAAGCAUUGGUUUGAUGGGGUUGGUUUCCCAGGCUGUUUAUGAAGGAGGUCGCCAUGUAAUUGGAGUUAUUCCCAAGACACUGAUGCCAAGAGAGAUUACUGGAGAGACAGUGGGGGAAGUGAUGGCAGUAGCAGACAUGCAUCAAAGAAAAGCAGAGAUGGCUAAGCACUCUGAUGCCUUUAUUGCCUUGCCCGGUGGCUAUGGGACUCUUGAGGAGCUUCUAGAGGUGAUAACUUGGGCUCAGCUUGGCAUCCAUGAUAAACCGGUGGGGUUGCUGAAUGUAGAUGGAUACUACAAUUCCUUGUUGUGUUUCAUUGACAAAGCUGUGGAAGAAGGCUUCAUUAGCCCCAAAGCUCGCCACAUAAUUGUAUCUGCCCCAUCAACAAAAGAGCUUGUCAAAAAGAUGGAGGAAUAUUUUCCACAACAUGAAAGAGUUGCCUCUAAGCUAAGCUGGGAAACUGAGCAGAUAGAUUACUCCUCAAAUUGUGGCAUGUCUAGGUGAUUAGAUGAUUAUGGAAGAAUCGUGUAGAGACAUUUGUUAGUUUAAUGGUUUAAGAGACUACUACUACUAUUAUGGCCACAAUUUCCUUUCUUUUAUUAUGCUAUUGCAUUUACUUGUUAGUGUAAACUACAGAGCUGACUUCAAUCUAGCUGUGAAGCCUAACUACUCUUCUGCUCAAUGUGAAUUCUGGUUUUUUCAAAACAUAGGAAUUGUAAGAUUUUUGUUCUCUUU